UAGCCGUGAUUAGUUGAAAGAUUUAUUUGGCCCCCAAGUCUGAUACGGGCUAACGCCACCUCCUGUGAAAUAAGUUUAUUUUAUAUUUAUAUAGUUGUAUGCUAAAUAACUAGUCUACACACACUACGCCGAUAUUUUUGGUAAAUACACGCGCGAAGUUAUCGAUUCGGAAGAGACAUUAACGGCGCCGGAGGAUCGGCUAACGAGCAACAGACAGAGCAGCGCACUGCCCCCACGUUGUGAAGGUGUAAAGUUUGCAGCACAUUGUGAAAUCACGCGCGGUCGACGCUGACGACGGAACAAGGAGCAACAGUCUUAGUGCAGUGCAUGUGUUUGCGCUUUGUUUGAGGAGCCCCCGGAGUGACGAAGAAAUAUGUUUGGCGGCUCGAAACCCACGUUUGGAGCCACGCCCACUGCCACCAGCUUUGGCGGGUUUAGCAACACGGCCACGACCACACCAUUCGGUCAGACGGCCUUUGGCAAGCCAGCGGCACCAGCGUUUGGCAACACCUCGACCUUUGCCGCCCAACCCGCCCAGCCAUCGCUCUUUGGGUCCCCAGCAACGCCGGCGCAGCCAGCUGGUGGCAUGUUUGGGGCCAGUACGUCCAGCGCCUUUGGCGGCACCACCGCAGCGCCCACAUCAUUUGGAGCGUUCUCGCAGCCCCAGCAGCCAGCGAACAUCUUUGGAUCGACACAGGCGGCACCCAACACCUCGCUCUUUGGCCAGGCAGCAACGCCGGCAUUCGGAGCCGCCAAGCCGGCCACCCUGGGCAUGACCGCCUUUGGUCAGACGCCAGCAGCACAGCCGACAUCGUCGCUGUUUGGUCAGACGACGGCCGCCACCAGCGCAUCGGCAUUCGGAAACUUUGGCCAGGCAGCGCCCACCACCACAAAUGUCUUUGGCAGUGGGGCCGCAUCGGCGUUCGCCCAGCCCCAGGCAGCGGCCGUGGGCGGUGGCGUCAAUAUGGGCACGGCAUUGGUCAAGUAUCAGCCAACGAUGGGCACAGACACGCUGAUGAAGGGCGGACAGCCGAACAGUGUGAGCACCAAGCAGCACUGCAUCACGGCCAUGAAGGAGUACGAACUCAAGUCGCUGGAGGAGCUGCGCCUGGAGGAUUAUCUCAGUUCGCGCAAGGGUCCGCAGGCGGGCAGCACAGCGGGUGCCUUUGGUUUCGGUAGUCCGGCCACAGCCGCCCAGCCCCCAGCCUCGGGUCUGUUCGGCAGCGCUGUCCAGCCGAGUGCGGGACUCUUUGGCCAGUCGGUGGGUCAGGAGAACAAGAGUCUGUUCGGCACAUCGGCCUUUGGUCAGCCGGCCACGAGCAGCGCCUUCGGGGCACCCGCCCAGCAGAACAGUUUCCUCCAGAAGCCAUUCGGAGCGACACCCGGCACGGCCUUUGCCCAGCCCCAGGCAGCGGAUGCCUCGAAUCCGUUCGGGGCCAAGCCGGCCUUUGGCCAGGGCGCCAGCAUGUUUGGCCAGGCACCCGCCACCAGUGCGGCCCCAGCCUUUGGCCAGGCCAACACAGGAUUCGGCUCCUUUGGUUCGACGGCAGGACAACAGCCGCAACAGACGUCGCUCUUUGGCAGCACCCCCGCCGCGGAUCCCAACAAGUCGGCCUUUGGCCUGGGCACAGCUGCAACGGCGGCCAAUACAGGCUUUGGCUUCGGUUCCCCGGCCACCAGCACGGCUGGAGGAGGCCUGUUUGGGGCCAAGCCGGCCACCAGCUUUGCGGCGCCCGCCUUCGGAGCCACCUCAACGGCCAACACGGGCUUCGGUAACUUUGGGAUGACCAACAGCAGCGUCGCCGCGGGCGGAGGACUCUUCAACAAUGCGGGAGGCAUGAACAAGCCAGCCACCACGGGAUUUGGCGGCUUUGGAGCCACAGCCGCGGCGCCGCUCAACUUUAAUGCCGGCAACACGGGAGGAUCGCUCUUUGGGAAUGCAGCCAAGCCCGGAGGCGGCAUGUUCGGAGGAGCAUCCACGCUGGGUGGCCAGCAGCAGGGCGGACAAGUGGGCGGCGUCGGAGGAGGACUCUUUGGCGGUGGCACUGGUGCCUUUGGCACAGGCGGUGGCUCACUCGGCGGUGGCGGAGCGUUUGGCAGCCUCGGGGGCAACACAUCGAUGACCGGCGGCAUGGGAAUGGGGGCCCACCAGCAGAUGGGCGUCGGCGGUGGCAUGAUGCAGCAAUCACAGCAGCCCAUCCAUCAGCAGAUCCUGGCCCGUGUGACCUCGCCCUACGGCGAUACGCCCAUCUUCAAGGACCUGCGGAACGGCGACGAGGCGGACGCCACGCGUGCCACCAACCCAGCCGCACAGCAGGCGGUGAUGGACAUGAACAACAAGCAGUUCAAGAUCAACACCAACGCGAAUCCGGCGCCCGUGAAGGUGAAGGCCGCUGGUACUGUCACCCGAAAGUCCCUGUUCUCGGGUCUCGAGGAGUUCGACGGCAGUGUCGAGGGCUUCAACAUCAAGCCGAAUUCCAAGCGUCUGGUGAUCAAGCCCAAGGACAAGGCUGCCGAUAUUUCAAACUCCCACUCGCCGGCGAACAGCAGCGGUCCGCACAGCGUCUAUACGUCUUUGGGACGCUCCCAGCGAGAGUCCUUUAAUGGAGCCAUUCCCACUGAACAGACACCGCCAACAGCAUCAGCAGCCGCGUCGGCCAGCAGCGCAGGUUUCUCGCCCAGAGACAGCAGAGAGCACCACCAGCAGCAGCAGCAGCAGCAGCAGGACACGAGUCGGCGCGAGUCCUGGCUGCAUCCCAAGAAUCUGGAGAUGGUGCGCCAGCGCAACAUCCAGACGGGCAUGGACCAGCAGCAGUCGCCCCACAACAGUACCCUCAACGAGCUGGUGCCGCGCAAACCACUCGAGACCUACCGCACCAGCUCCACGAUGCGCCUGUCCGUCUCCACCAUACCAGAGAACCCGUUCGAGGAUCUGUCGCAGACCAGCGCCAGUGCCAUUGCCCGGCGGGACACCUUCGGCUCGGAGCAGCAGCAGGCCAAUGACAGCGCCCACUCGAAUCGUUCCCACGAUGACGAGACUUCAGCGAAUCGCUCCAGACUGGCCAUAGAGGCGGCAGCGGGUGCGGCUGAGGCGGCGGACUAUGAGCCACAUCCCACGGGGAUAGUGCUGCGACGCGUAGGCUACUACACGAUACCCUCGCUGGAUGAUCUCAAGUCGUACCUGGCCGAGGAUGGGUCCUGUGUGGUGCCCAAUUUCACCAUUGGACGCGAGGGCUAUGGCAAUGUCUUCUUUGGCAAGGAAAUGGACGUGGCUGGACUGAAUCUGGAUGAGAUUGUUCACUUCCGUAACAAGGAGAUUAUCAUUUAUCCGGACGAUGAGAACAAGCCGGCCAUCAACCAAGGCCUCAAUCGUGAGGCACAGGUCACCCUCGAUCAGGUGUGGCCCGUGGACAAGACCCAGCAUGUGGCUGUUAAGGAUGCGCAGCGUCUGAUCGAAAUGGACUGGGAGGGAAAGCUGCGUCGCGUCUGCGACAAGAACGAUACGCGCUUCAUCGAGUACCGCCCAGAGACGGGCAGUUGGGUGUUCCGAGUGAAGCACUUCUCCAAGUACGGCCUGGAUGACAGCGACGAGGAGGACAGCAAUGACAAAGUGCCCACCGAUCCAAAGAAGGUGAAAAUGACGGCCCUCGAGACACAUUAUCGAGCAGCAGCAGCGGCGGCAGCGGCCCAGGAUAACGUGGAGAAGAUGACGCUCAAUUCGUUGCGGCAUGCCCAGCGUAUAUCCGAGGAUGCGGCACGCUCGCUGGAUCCCAAGGCAUUGGUGGCGAAUGUGGCCGGCAGCAGUUUCCGGCCCAUGGACGACUCGGCCGAGUUUAUGCUAAUGGAUAAGACACAAUUCUUUCAGGCUGGCGCUGGCACGGACUUCUCCAUGUUUGAGGCGCCACGACAUCAGCAGCAGACAAUUGUCAGCCCCACAGCGAUGCUGGCCAAGGAGAUGGCCGGCAAUGAGCCGCAUAAAAUGCAACUGAUGAAGUCCUCGCUGUUUGUCGAGGACGAUGACGCCAGCGAAGAUGAAGUUAGAGUGACUUCCAACCGCUUUCAACGCCAACGCAACUUGCUUCAGGGAGGGCCCAGCGCCUGGACAGACAUGGGCGGAGCCUCUGAAUCCUCCAGUCCAUACGAUUUUGGACGCACAUCUGCCGGCCUGCCCGUCUCCUCGUCGGCCUCUGUGACCAGUCUGGUGCAAUCAGAUGAGACCUCUUCGCUGGCCACUGGCAGCAACUUUGGGGAUAAACCAAAGGCAGGUGGAACAGCAGCAGCAGCCGCACCCUCCAAGCUGCGGCCGUUUAAGUUUGUGAGCAAACCGAAGGUGGCGCCCGUUAAGGUUUUUGGCACCAUAGUGCCACUGAACCGCUCGAUUCUGUACGAGCAACGCCACAAAUGGGUGGCCGAUUUGGGCUUCUACAAGGGACACGGCCUGAAGCUGAGCUUUGGCCCGCACAACACACUGAUGGUGCCACAGACGCUGAUCAAUGUGCGCAGCGCCAUAGAAGAUGCUAGCGUGACGCCAGCCUCUCUGGUGUUUAUGCCACGUUCGGCCAAUGAUUUCUCGCCAGUUUUGUGGAAAUUGUGCAACUUUAAUAUGGUGCAUGGCCAUGCUAGUUUUCGCGAGACAAUUGUGCCCCAUUUGGAGGUGCAGCUGGGCGAGGGCAUUGCCGUGGAGAUCGAGAAUAGCCAAUGCCCAUGGCUGCAUGCGGGCACUGGCACGCAGCUGAUUGCCAAACAUCUAAGAGAAUCCCUGAAGCUGCGCAACUUUGGAGCCCUCGAGGAAUACGGUGUGUCCGUGUGGUCCCUUCUGUAUGCGCUGUGGGGGCAGCACGAAGAGCUGGCGGAUGAAACGAACGACCCAAACAGCCACUACGUGGUCAUGUGUCGGCGCAAUCUGUUCUCCGAGUGGCUGGAGAACACCCUAGUGGGCAGGGAUCUGCUGACCAAGAAGGUCAGCAGCCACAGCUACCUGGACCACAUGCUCGAUCUGCUCAGCUGCCAUCGCGUGAGCGAAGCCUGCGAUCUGGCCUUGAACUACGACGAUGCCAAUCUGGCGCUGAUUCUCGCCCAGCUGGGAUCCGGUGCCGUCUUUCGCAUGCUCAUGGAGGAGCAACUGUUCGCCUGGCAGCAGAGCAAAUCGGAUAAAUUCAUCGAUCUGAACCGCCUCAAGAUGUACAUGAUGGCGGCGGGUGUCAAUAUGAUGCAAUCCUCCCAGGGUACCAUCAAUCUGAUGGAGGACAACAGCUGGCUGACGGUGGUGGGCAUGGAGCUGUGGUACUUCAGGGCACCCACCUCCUCCAUUACGGACGCCCUAAUGGAGUACGACAAGGCCUACCAGUCCGAGGAGUGCUACGCAAAGCCGCCCAGCCCCACCUACAAGGGCGUGUCCACCACUGCAGAGAGGAAGACACCUGUGUACGACCUGCGAUACCAUCUGCUGCAGCUGUACUCCAAGCGGAUGCAUUCCCUGGAGGAGACUCUGAAUCCCAUAACCCACACAAACGAUCCCAUGGACUUUCGUUUAAGUUGGCUGCUGCUGCAAAGCUUGUCGGCUUUGGGCUAUCGCCACUGCUCGCCCCUGACGGAGGCCCAGCUGACGGUGGACUUUGCCAGCCAGUUGGAGAACGAGGGCCUCUGGCAGUGGGGCAUCUUUGUGCUGCUGCACAUCGAGAGCCGUGAGCGGCGUGAGAGGGCCGUGCAACAGAUGCUGCUGCGCAACGUGAGCGUCUUGGCCCAGGCGGCGCACAACGACGAGGAGCGCUUCAUUGUGGAGCAGCUGGGUGUGCCCAAGUCGUGGCUGGACUAUGCCAAGGCUGUGCGGGCCGGUUCCCUCGGCCAGCGACAUUUGCAGGCGAAGCAUCUGCUGACGGCCAAGCACUGGGCGGAGGCGCACGAGAUCAUCUUUCAGUACAUUGCGCCCGAUGCCAUCAUCAAUGGCAAGACGGAGUAUCUGCAUCGUCUGCUCAUCCAGUUCGAGGACACCGAGGGCAGCAGCAGCAGCAUCCGAGUGCCGAACUGGGCCAAUCAGGGUCAGAUAUUCCUCGACUAUAUCGAUAUCAGCUCAAAGUUCAAGCAGAUACGGAGCGUGCAGAAUAUUGAGGACAUCAAGGCGCGCUGGGAGAACCUGAAGCCACAGCUGAGCGAGAUCUGUUCGCGCAUCAGCCUGCUGCCGUGCCCCACGGCCAAGCAUCGUCUGUGCCAGACGGAGAUCUCGCAGAGCCUCAACUGUCUGGUGCAUGGCAUGUGCAUUGUCAGCCCCCAAAUUCAGUCCUCCGCCGUACUAAAAGUGGCACUCGAAAAGCUGCCGAUGCCCCAGGAGUUCCUUUCGAAGGAGUUGCGCAUACUGCUGGACGAGCUGCUGGAAGAUCUGGAGCAGAAAACUACCUUCCGUGAGCGGAUCAGCGGCAUGGAUAUCACCUAAGCCAAAACGGAAAAUGCACGAAAAUUAAAGUUAAGAUCGAAUCUAAGUCUAGAUAUAACCACUGAUUAGCAUCUACCCUAAAAAAUAAAAAAAAAAACAAGAAGACAGAAUUAGAGUAAGAUUACGAUCUAAGCAAAACGUUUCGUCAACGGUGAGAGGGAGAGAAAGGGAGAUCACGUUCACACCACAGUUAUUAUAAAUGUCUUUGUUAUUUUGUUAAUUCGAUUAUAUUUCCAAUUUCUUGCACGUGUGACUAUCAUUAUGUAAGACCUUUUUGGUAAACAAUAAAAUUGAUUUGAUUGUUUUUACACACUAAA